AUGGGUGGCUACCUGAGCACCAACCGGACACCUUCGUCCACUAAUAACACCAAAUACCGCAACUCCCCUCCCAAGAACGACGCUCCUCUCGAAACAGGCCAAUUCACCUUUCCCCCAGAAUGGCAUCCACAUCUCGCGACCAUGAUGGGCUUCCCUUCGCGAGCCUCCUGCCUAGAAUCCUUAUGGGAGAAGAACUGCGAGGAAAUCGUUGACCUGGCCGCUGCAAUCGCAGAGUUUGAGCCCGUGCGACUGUAUACUCGCCCCGAAGAUAUCGAAUAUGCCCAGGACCUCGUCAACCGGAAAGUACGCAUUCCAUCGAAGGUGAAUGUAAUUCCCAUCCCAAUCAACCACUGUUGGGUUCGCGAUACAGCCCCAGUAUAUGUGCACGAUGCUACAGGGAAGCUAGGCCCCGGACAGCGGCUAGCUAUCGACUUUAAAUUCAAUGAAUGGGGGAACAAGAACGGGUGGGAAGGGACGCAUGGUCAUUACCGCUAUGGUAACCCUUCUAUGACUGGGAAGGAAUUACAGGAAAAUACUGAGUUCGCACACAAUGUCAUCGCUGCCGAUCAGUUGCCAUCACCAGUGCAACGAAUUGUACCCAAAAUCCGAACUGAGGGCGGGGGUUUGGUCGUGGACGGAGAGGGUACGCUUAUUGUCGCGGAAAGCUACAUGGUCUGUGAGCAGCGGAACCCGGGGCAAAGUAGGGAUGAGAUUGAACAGGAGCUACGACGCCUCUUGGGCGUAGAGAAAGUCAUAUGGGUACCCGGGCGCAAGAAUCUCGAUAUCACCGACUGUCACCUAGACGCUGAGGUGCGGUUCGUAAGACCGGGCGUAAUCGUCAUGACACGGCAUAGCCCUGAUGCAGUGGACGGACCAGAGUGGAUUAAAUGCGGCGAGGAGAUCUUGGAGACCUUGCGGAAUGAGACUGAUGCCAAAGGACGAAAGUUAGAAAUUCAUUUCAUCGACGAGCCAGAUCCGAAAAGUCUUGGGAUCUUACCGAAGGAUGAAUUUGUCUCCUCGUACCUCAAUAGCUACUUCUGCAACGGCGGGCUUAUCAUCCCCGCGUUUGGAUCAGAGACGCACGAUCGGAAAUCUCUGGAAACAUGGCAGACUCUCCUGCCAGACUGCAAGGUGCGACAGGUUCCUCUUCGCACGAUUCCUCUUAGCGGAGGUGUUAUCCACUGUGUUACCCAGCAGGUGCCUGCACCAGAAGCGUAAAAUGGUGGACUGUCU